AUGACCUUCAAUCUUUCCUGGGCCUGUGUGUUAGUUGGUUGUAUUUCCGCUUCUUUAGCAGGAGCUUACAAUCUUUCAGAUGAGUUCCCCCCUCUAUGGAAGGAGAGCCCAGGUCAGUUUAGUGACUAUAGUGUAGAAAAUGGCAAGUACAUCAUUAACCCCUGGAAUUACUCUGAGAGAAUAGGAAUGUAUAAAAUUCUAUUGGCACAGACAGCCAGAUAUUUUGAAAAAUUUGCUCCAGAAGAUGAACAAAAUAUUUUAUGGGGACUGCCUAUACAUCAUGGAUGGCAAUAUCAUUCAGGUAGACUAGCUGAUCCCACCCUUAGGACUGACUGUGGCCAUGACUCUGGGGAUCCUCUGUGCAUCUCUGUGGACAGUUGGUGGGCUGACCUUAAUUAUUAUCUCUCCACAAUACCCUUCCUUGCUGCUAUCGAUUCUGGCCUAAUGGGAGUAUCAGCAGAUAAUGUCAUUCUCCUGCCACCAUCCAAGGAUCAGACAAAUUUUUGUUAUAAUGUUUCCAGCUGUCAUUCAUCUUUUCCAGAAGCAAUGAAAAUGUGGAAUAAAUUUUACAAGUGUGCAAUGUCACCUUCCAGUAGUUUUGAUGACCUGUUGAAGUACAUGUGGGAUGCACAUGUUUCAUCCCUGGAGUUUGCUCGUAAGAAUUUUCAGAGUAGGUCAAAAUAUUAUUCUAAACAAGAAGCAGAUUUUCAAAGCAACUGGGCUUUAUUAGUGGAUUACUUGGCUCCAUCACUCUUUCCUACAACUUUGGAUAGAGUGUGUGAAUUCCAGAAAGGCCUGCCACCACGGACACUUGUUAGUGGGGAUCCAGCUCAUUUCAUCAGUGACUUUACUGACUUACAGAACAAGGUCCUACUUGGUCUAAAAUUCCUCCAUAUAAUGCACAAAUACUCAGGUAUUAUCAUUGAUAUCACUUACCUGGAUAAAUUUGUUUUCAAAUAUAUCUACCUCACCUAUGAGCAAGAAACAAAUGACUAUGUCCUUAGAAAACAGUAUAAAGCACAGUUUCUGGCACACUAA